AUGUUACAAUAUAAAGCAAAAUCAUUACCUAAUUUAUUCAUUAAUAAUAAUGGAUAUAAAAGAAUACCAAAUUUAAUUUGUUUAAAUUCAUCAAGUUUAAAUUUUAAUUCAAGUGAUAAUAAUUCAGAUAAUUUAAUCUUUUCAACUGAUAGUUUAAAAUAUAUUAAAGAAACAGAAUCUUCAAUUUCAAAUGAUGAAAACGAAAAUGAAAAUGGUUAUAAUAAUGAUUUAUUUAGUUUUAAUGGAGAUUCAUCAUCAAUUAAACAAUUUAAAACUUCAAAAAGAGCAAAUUUCAAAAGAUUUUUAAAUAAUUUAUUUGGUGUCAAGAAUAAAGGGUUUAUUUAA